UCUACCCAGGUCUUUGUCUCUGGACGCUGGAAAUUCUCCUCCAUCAGUUCGAGCGUCAGUCAUCCCUGCCAUAUCGCGAAGUCAAGGAGUUGACAGUCUCGCAGUUGGCAGUCCAGUCGGUAAUUACUUUAAAAAAUCUGUGUAAAGUGCUCCCAAAAACGAUAACCCAAAAAUUCCGCGUAAAUCCGGGGUAAAAGCCAGAGAGAAGUUGAAAAAAAAAAGAGAUCCACAAAAGCCAUUGAAAAAAAAACGCCAGAAAAAUGGCGGAAGGUGAUGCAAAAGUGAACAUGUCUCUCGAUGACAUCAUAAAGCUGGACAGGAAAGAUAAAAAGAAAAAAACAAUGGUGAACGGUAAGAGUGGAGGGAGAAAGAAUCGUCAGGGUAAUGUCCAGCGUGGCCAGCGGGGAAAGGGUAAUAAUUUACGUGGACGUGGGCCUGCCAAUAAGAACAAGAAAAAUGUGAAUAAUUCACCAAAGAAGAGCCAGGCUUGGCGUCUACAGCGUCAACAGAGCAAUGGUGGCUUUGUGGCACAACGUUAUAAGCAGAAUGGCACCAAGAGAGUCCAGAGUAAGCAGAAUAUCAAGAUCAAUGAGAGGAAGAACCAGAAUAACAGGCAGGGAUUCCCUGGGAGGCGAGCUGGUGCUGUUCGUGGGGUGGCUAAGCCGGGCCUCACGCGCUCCAGGAGUCGAAAUAAUCUUGCAACUGCUAAAAGAUUUACUGGACAGCCUAAGGGAGUCAAACGGGUCAGCAGCUUGCCCAACCUCAGGGAUCCCAAUUCUGUUUACAAUCGCCUUGGAUAUCAGAGUCCAGCACAGGUUGCAUACAGAAAUCGUGUCAAGAGGGCUAAACAAUUGCUUCUUCAACGCCAGAGUCAGAGACUUGUGCCCAAUGAUCGUUUGGUACCGCGUGCAGCCAAACCCUUGACAAAUCUGCAACAGCGAGCGCUAGAGAGACGCCAGCAAAUCCUGAACUCCCAGAGGAGCUUCAACGCCGGUGGCUUGCGUUCAGACCAGAUCCUCCGAGCCCAGAGGCGACAACAAUACAACCAAAAACUCUUGAGGAUGAACGCUGCUAGAGUCAACCCACACCCCAACGUGAACUUCAUGUGUACAUUGGGAGAUGAAUACAGCCCCAGGCCACGCUCUCGUUCGAUGAGUCAAGGUGGAAGUAUGAGUCGACGUCAAUUGCCACGAGGACGUUCCCCAUUCCGACAGAAUCCAACAAAUUUCACUCAGCAGCUGGCAAGGGGGCCCCUCUUUGGAGGUCCUCGCACACGCUCCAGAUCUCGUUCACGAUCACGAUCACGCACCCGAACAGUUCCACUGAUCCAUUCAAAUACAAACGUCGAUGAUCGUACUUUCAGUGAAGUAAUGUAUAGCGUUGGAAAUAAUUUGGGUGUCACUGGACGAACCCUCAAUGACAGAUUCACUUUCUAAAUAAGUGCUCUGCACUCUUACUGAACGUUAUGGAAGACUGCAGAUAAAAAAUAUUGAAGAAAAUAAACACUGAGAAUUUUUUUUCUCCACAAGAAAAUAAGUACUAAGAGCUGAAUAGCGCGCAUCUAUGUGCGUACAUGUAUAGAAAAUUUAUCGAAACGAAUUACUGAAAUCAUGAAACAAUCGUUUGAGUUUAAUACAGUGAGGCUGUAGUUUUUUCUUCGUGUAUAAACUGGACACCAUAAAUUUAGCGAUUUAAGAUUUGUCACUGUCAUCUUUGCUAAGAGUAAGAAAUUCGUUUUAGCUUUUAGGAUCAUUUCAUUUUGUGCGAUUUCAAGGAAAAUUGUAUCUUUCUUUUAUUAAGCUUAUGAUUAAGAACAUAUUACACUGGAGCAUUGAAUAAACAUUAUUCCGUAGAAUUUUAUCGGA